AGCAGAAUCGCUCGCUGUAGAACUCCAGGCGGCCCCUGACAAUGGGCACGCAAGAGAGUUUUUAGGAGUGGAGAAGACAAAGGAGGAGGAAUCAUGAACGCCACGGGGCGGGGAGGUCCGACGGCGGGCUACGGCAACCGCAGCGAGGACCGGCGGACUCCCGAGCGAGAGUCCUCGGAGGGAUGCUACGAGCAGCUGCUGAUCUCCACCGAGGUCUUCCUGACCCUUGGCAUCAUCAGCCUGCUGGAGAACGUCCUGGUGGUGGUGGCCAUCGUCAAGAACAAGAACCUGCACUCGCCCAUGUACUUCUUCAUCUGCAGCCUGGCCGUGGCCGACAUGCUGGUGAGCGUCUCCAACGCCUCCGAGACGGUGGUCAUCGCCCUGAUCAACGGCGGCACGCUGCGCAUCCCGGUGCGGCUCAUCAAGAACCUGGACAACGUCUUUGACUCCAUGAUCUGCAGCUCGCUGCUGGCGUCCAUCUGCAGCCUGCUGGCCAUCGCCAUUGACCGCUACAUCACCAUCUUCUACGCGCUACGCUACCACAACAUGGUCACGUUGAGGAGGGCUGCCAUGGUCAUCGCCGGCAUCUGGACCUGCUGCAUCGCGUCGGGCGUGCUCUUCAUCGUCUACUCAGAGAGCACGGGCGUGCUGGUCUGCCUGAUCGGCAUGUUCUUCACCAUGCUGGUGCUGAUGGCCUCUUUGUACGUGCACAUGUUCCUGCUGGCGCGCCUGCACAUGAAGCGCAUCGCCGCGCUGCCGGGGCGCCCGCCGCUGAGGCAGCGCGCCAACAUGAAGGGCGCCGUCACGCUCACCAUCCUGCUGGGCGUCUUUGUGGUGUGCUGGGCGCCCUUCUUCCUGCACCUCAUCCUCAUGAUCAGCUGCCCGCGCAACCCCUACUGCACCUGCUUCAUGUCGCACUUCAACAUGUACCUCAUCCUCAUCAUGUGCAACUCGGUCAUCGACCCCAUCAUCUACGCCUUCAGGAGCCAGGAGAUGAGGAAAACCUUCAAGGAGAUCUUCUGCUGCUCGCACGGCCUCGCCUGCCUCUGAACUUUGAGCCGUGGGCGCCUUUCACCGAGACUGACGUGCGUUCAUCAUGAAGUUUGAAAUGAAGUCCAUCAACGCCAUCAUCAAUGCCUUCAGGAGAUGAGAGAGAGAUCUUCAAGGAGAUUUUCCACAUGCUUGUGCCUGUCAACUUGGACUGCACCAAGGUCGAUUUCUCCAAGGGAACCAGCCGCCUUCCUUCAAAGUCGGGGACGACUGUUGACUCCCAAAUCUUAAUCCUAAAUCUUAUAAAGUGAAGAUCACAGAGAUAUGCUGAUAUAUUUUGCACAAGACGGCCUUAAAUGUCAUCAACCCCCACUGCCGAGACACCUGCAAAUGUGUGUCUUCUACUUUCUUCUAAAUUCACAUUCAUCCAAGAAAACAUUGGUAAGGAGACUCUAUCUCCUUUCCGAACAUCCUCCCUCCCAAAAGAAGAGCCGUGAAGAUCUAAAAGCUCCACUCCGACUCGUGCUUGAUUUACUGCGUCGCAAUACUUUUGUCCAGAUUACAGUUUCACCCUUCAGUUUUUUUUUGCCCCCCAAGCCCUGAGUGAGUGUGCGGGAAGAAACAGGACAGAGGGGAUGUCGAGUCAUCUGAUGGCAGAAAAAAAAAAAAAAAAAGGGCUGAUUGCACGUGACCGCCAAAAUCGGCGCAACAUCUAAACACAAACAUACAUUCACCACAAAGACUUGAAGUGUCCCUGGCGUUGCCAUCCCCCGCCGCCCCCCGCUUUUGCUGCAGCUCCAAAAAAAGACAGGAACAUGCUCUCGGGCAAUCAUGAGACCAGAGAGCGCACAACUGAGAGAUUGUUGCACUUAUGUAAAGUUUUUGUCAAGCGCCCGACUGAGCCUGAUGAAGUCAACAUCAAAAAAACAAUGGGGUCACAAACAUUUGGGGUUCAGGAACCCCGUACAAGGAAUACAUUUUUCCAAGGUCCCUCUCAUAAUCAAAACGUCAAUUAAACACGUGAAAUAAGAAUUUAAAAUGACUGCCUUGGUUUGAAAAAAAAAAAAAAGUUCUCAUGCUACCAUGACAAAUUCACCUAUUUUUCUUUUGGGGGGGGGAGCGGUUGCAACAUUUUGAAAAUAAAGUUGUAUUUUUCCGAGAUUAAAUCACAGCUGUUUAACAAGAGAAAGUCACAUAUGAAUUUUAAAAAUACAUUAUUCUGUAACUAUUACGUCUUUUAUUAAGAAAAACACGCCUUUACUCUGUAAAAAAAAAAAAAAAGACGAGUCUCAGAUGAAUAUGCUUUUUGUUUUUCAAAUAAAUAAAUAAAAUAAUAAACACCUUGCAAUUUAAAAAAUAUAAUUAUACACCUUAAAAAUAAUGUCACAUUCAUGCGAUUGUAUACAUUUGAAUGAUAUCCGAGCUUUAAGAGCCUCUCCCAACAAUUGCGAGCGUUUUUCGAAGCCAGUAAAUGUUCUCCUGAUAAACUCUGACGAGAUCGCACCAUCCGUUGCCUUCCAAAACGCUCGCAAUCAGUGGUGGGGGGGCUUGAGUGUGUACAUGAUCUACUUGCGCACACCCGCAGUGUCAGUGUUGAAGCGGACUUGAGUGACAUCGUUCUAACUGUGAAGAAGUGUAAUUGUGUUGAUUAUGUCGUGUCACGUUCAUGUGGUGUUAAACUAGUUUGUCAAGCUGAAUGGUCGCUAUGGUAACAGUCCGCAUCGCAUAAAUGUCAAUCGCAUCUGUAAAUACCAGGAUGUCAAAACUUUCUCGGGAUUGAUGUGGCAAACAGAGAAACUGAAAAGACCAGACUUGAGAUUUUUCCCGCAAACAUAUUUGAGUACAUCAGAGACUUGGACUCGUUGGUCAUUACGUAAGAUUCCCUGACCUCAGACUUGGGACUUGAUGGAAGAUUGGACACAACGAGUUUUGGAUUUGCCGAAGACUUGGAAAUAGUUCGUGACUAACACGGGAAUUGCGGAUUUUCUUGAAAUUUGGGAAUUGUUGGAGACUUUUUGGCAUGUUACAAGUUGCUUUUAGUAUCUUGGCCUUUAACCCGCUCUGUCAUGUCCAAACGUGUUGUCAAAUUGUAUUUGGUGUUUUCUUGCUAAGUGUUCCUGAACGUGAGCCGCUGCUGGAAACUUUAAUACAGCAUCGCCUGUGUCUCG